GAGGAGGAGGACCAGGACCAGGACCAGGACCAGGAGCAGGAGCACGAGCAGGAGGAGGAGGAGGACUUGGGCAUACCUGCCGUCUGGCAGCGAGGUCCCUCGAGGCUUCCGGAUUGUCCGAUACCUCUAGAGCACCGACCUGUCCUCCGACCUGACGGAAACCGGAACUUUGUGAUAGUUGUUCCAGGUGUUGCUCACAACCGCAUGGCCAAUGGCAUCCUGGGACUGCUAUGCAAGCGACACUACCCAGGCGCCAUGGAUAUUGCUGGGGUACGUCAGCCGGCGUCUUCGUGGGAGCACUACAUUGCCAAACCGGAUGCACCAGAUGAGGAAGGCAGGGUACUCGACAACAAGGCGCACCGGGUGUUGAGCGAACUAUGGCUAAGUCUUCAUGGCACUACAUUUACGAAUAAAUCAUAUUCAUUAGAUAUUUUUGAAAUAAUGACUUUGUUCACUUUUUUUGCAGUAUUUCUACAGAUGCGAGGAGGGAAUGAUGCCCACGGCGAUACAGGUGGCGAGCAAAGCAUGUUACAAGCUGGUGGCGGAUAUACUUUACAAGGCGCGCAUCCAGGCCGUCAUCGACUACAAGGCUAAGAUCAAAAGGGUGAGGAUCUACAAAGGACCUGCGAGAGACCUUAGACUCACCCGGGAACAGUACUUGCGGGUGCCUCCGUGGUGGAUUGCCAAUGAUUAUCUGUGCUGGGAAAUGAUAGUGGACCGGUGGUGCUCGCAAAAGUGGCUGGAGAUGCACGAGGCUGCCCGGCAGCAGCGUUUGAUGAUGCCAGGUGCAUCGCACCAUCAGGGCAAUCGUAACCUCAAGGCGUACGCGGCUAGAUAUUCGGCGUCACAUGGUGGUGUGCCUUGCUCCCAAGUCCAGGCAUACUAUUUGGCUCACAAAGGGAAGGCGACGUCCGAUGUCACCUUCAACCCGCAGGAUCCGCCCGAAGCGUACAGCAACGCAAGCGUCCACAGCCGCCUCAGUGGGUACACCUCGAUGGCAUAAGAAGUUCAUGGGCCGGAGUUUGAUGCGAUCAAUGAGCCCAUUGAUGGAGAAGUCGUCAUGAGGGCGGGAGGAGACAAGAAGCAUGGACGGUACUGGUUUGGCGACAACUUAGUCGACACGGCGACUACUCCCACUCUCGCAGAUUCGAGCCAGGAGUACCAGCUCAAGCCCUGCCAUACGCCCACGGCCAGACACUACACAGGCUUAGAUUGAGGCUGUCAAGGCCCAGAUGGAAGAAGCCUUUCAAGCACGGUAGGAGGCGGCAGAGGAGAGGUGGCAGGCCGAGCGGGACGACAUCCAGGCAAAAUUGGAUCAAGCUCUAACAUUUACGCAAAGCCUGGACUCGGCGAUGGGUGUUUCGCCUCCACAAUUCCCUCCGCCCCCACUUGUUCGUCGGGCAGAAACUCCUCCUACCAUAAGUGGCUUUGACUCCUAUUAAGUUUCAUUCGUCUUAGUGACUUAGCAUUAAUCUAGAAUGUCUUGGAAAUAAUGCCUUAUGUCUUAGUGCCUAUUGAGUUUCAUUCGUCUUAUGUAACUCAAUUGUUAUGUCUAAGUUUGAAUGCCCGUAACUUAAUUCUUAUGUAACACAUGCAAUAUAUAUAUUCGUUUAUGUGCAGAAUCAAUCGGCGGCAUCCAAUGAUGGGCCAGUGAAUCCUGACUUCUCGCCUCCGGUGCAGCCGCCUCAGCAGUUUGUGUGGCCACUGCCUCAAUGGGUGGCUUGGAUUCAGCAGCAGCAACCGUCACCACCGCAGCAAGCUUGGUCGCAGACGCCUACAUGGCCGCCCCCGCCGAUGUGGCCGCAGCACCCGCCACCGCUGCCGCCGCCAUCAGCCCCGUGAGUUACAUUGUAUGGACUUAUUUUGUACCAACUUGUAUGGAUUUGUAUGGACUUGAUUUGUAUGAACUUGUAUGGACUCGACUUGUACU